AUAUUAUAUUAAAACUUAAAAUUAAAUUAUUGCUGAUUGCUGUCUUUAUAAAUAUAGUAACCAGUAUCAUAAAUUCAAAUUUUUAAUUCUAACUCUUCCUUUUGCUAUCUAGAAUUGGUGUUAUGAAUUUAAAAUUUUAACAUUAAAAUUCCAAAAAUAUUUGUGUUUUUUUUUAUGUGUGUAGUUAAUUAUUAUCAGAAAAAAACACUUGGAAAAGAAAUUGUAGAUGGAAUAUGCUUAUAUCUGAACAUCACUGAGGCAGAUUAUUUUGGCUGCUCCUAUUAUGAAAAUGAUUAUAAAUUUUGGCUUAUUCCUGAUAAACCGGUCUGCAAGCAAAUCACUGGGGAAAAUGUAUAUUUGGAGUUUGGUGUGAAAUAUUACGUUGCUGAUCCAUUGAGCAUUGAAGAUGACGUUGCAAGAUCUUUCUUGUUCCUGCAAGUUAGGAAAGAUAUAAAGAGUGGCAGACUGCCGUGUUCCUUUGUUACUCUCGCCCUUCUCAACUCUUACUUUGUGCAAGCAUACUUUGGAGAUUAUGAUGACAGAUACGAGUUUGAUGUCGGUUACGUGAGAGAGUAUUUGAUUGACGAUCGACCUACUGAUGAAAUGAUCGUGAAGGUUGUCGAACUCCAUAAGACUCACGUUGGAGUGAGUCGGUUAGAAGCAGAAAAAAAGUUCCUCGACAGUGCAAAGGGCUUGACCAUGUAUGGCGUGCACAUGCAUAAUGCUUUUGACAUGAACGUCGGUCGCAAUGUGAUAAUAGGCAUCUGCGGCAGGGGCGUCACCAUAUAUGAUGAGAAACUGAGAAUCAAUGAUUACCCCUGGCAGAACACGAAAUUAUUCUGGCACAGUCAAGAUCAGUUUGUACUGCAGAUCACGAGGCAAAUUACAGAAAGCAAAGAUAGUAAGGUGGUCUUCAGACUGCCAUCCAAGAAACAUGCCAAGAAACUCUUCAAACUGACUGUAGAUCAUCAUUAUUACUUCAGGUCUGUUUGGCUGGCUGGAUAUUUGUUUAGCUAA